AGGGCCAGCCUACUUCAUACUCGGUCUCCGUCUGGAGCAGAGGCGAAGGCUUCUGCUACUCUGCCUCCCUCUCCCUGCCUAGUUUCUGCUUCAUAUCCCGUGUGCUUAGCACACGAGUUCUACUGCAGAAGUGGAAACCAUGGCUUUAAAGAUAUUAUUCGUACUGAUCGAACUCUGCUGUGUGUGGAAGCUUACCCCGGCUGAAGAAAACAACUUCCAUCAUCCAGAUUGCCCCGCAGAUCUAUAUUUUGUGUUGGACACAUCUGAGAGUGUUGCUUUAAGAGUCCAGCCCUAUGGACACAUUGUAAAUCAGUUGAAGAUAUUUACUCAAGCCUUCAUCGACAAAUUGGACAAAUGGUAUUUCCGCUGUGACCGUAUACUGGAAUGGAAUGCUGGCGUACUUCAUUACAGUGACGCAGUGCAGAAGGUUCACCCUCUUACUCUUAUGGAUUAUGAUGGAAAGUCAGCCAUAAAACGGAAUGUCGAGGGGAUAAACUACAUUGGCAAAGGCACUUACACAGACUGUGCUAUACGGAACGGAACGGAAGAGAUCCUUUCGGGUGGAUCUCAUUUCCGAGAGACAAAGUUCAUGAUCGUAGUGACUGACGGGCAUCCGAUCGAAGGGUACAAAGAGCCGUGCGGAGGGCUGGAGAGCGCCGUGUUUGAUGCGAAGCAUCAGGGCAUAAAGUUGUUUUCUGUUGCCAUUACUCCAGAUCACUUGGAAUCACGGUUAAAUUUGAUUGCCAGUCUUCCAGAAUUUCGCAAUAACUACACAGCAACCAGCAGAGACCCAGAGCUGGUAGAAAACACUAUCAAUGGUAUUAUUAAAAUAAUUAAAGCUGAAGUGGAGAAAGUGUGUUGCUCUUUUGAAUGUCAGGCUCCGUCUGGAGUUAAAGGAGAAAUUGGUGAGCCCGGAGAUCCGGGUUCCGAAGGACGCCGGGGCCCCCAUGGCCCUGUAGGACCACCUGGCGAUCAGGGCAGUCCUGGUGAGAGAGGACCGGCAGGGCACCCGGGUAUGAAGGGUGACAAAGGAGAACGUGGUGGUAAGGGUGACAGAGGAUACAAAGGAGCUAAGGGAGCAAAGGGGUUCCCUGGAAAAGAUGGGCUAGAUGGUGAGAAGGGUGAAGCUGGUUUCACUGGUCUUCCAGGCUGUGUUGGAUCUUCCGGACCUACCGGUACUCCUGGAGAGCAAGGCCUCAAAGGAGAUCCAGGUCCAUAUGGAAAAAAAGGACAAAAGGGUGAAUCAGGUUUGGACGGAGAAGCAGGUCGAAGUGGAGCUGUGGGGGAGCCAGGAGAAAAGGGCAACCCCGGAGGCAGAGGGAGUGAUGGAGAUUUUGGAGAAAGAGGCGAUGAUGGACCUCCAGGGAACGACGGAGCAAAGGGCGAGCCGGGCCCUUCCGGUGAGCCUGGACUGCCUGGACCUCCAGGUUUGAGAGGCAUCAGAGGUUCAAAGGGUGAAAAUGGGCCUGAUGGUCCACCAGGACACGAUGGACCUCCUGGAGAUUUUGGAGAAGUGGGAGAACCUGGCCGUGCUGGGCCCAGAGGAUUUAAAGGAGACAUGGGACCUCCAGGAAGAGAGGGAAUCAGGGGACCAAGAGGUCUAAAGGGAUAUCCCGGUGAUGCAGGUCCCAUGGGAGAAAUGGGAGAACCUGGAAUCCCAGGGAAUGGCUCCAGGGGCCCACCAGGAUUACCCGGUAUUCCAGGAGCACAAGGGUACCGUGGACCCAAUGGAACAGAAGGUUACCCCGGUCCCAAAGGCGAUGACGGUGAACCUGGAGACCCUGGACGUGAUAAUAAUGUUGCAGGACAAAAAGGCCGCAAAGGGGCAAAGGGUUACAGAGGGCGUGAAGGUGGUCCGGGUCCUCAAGGACCUCCAGGACCACCUGGACCUUCUGAAUGUGAAAUAUUGGAUAUCAUUAAGCGCAUGUGCUCUUGCCGCGAGUGCAAGUGUGGGCCCGUUGACCUCCUGUUUGUCGUGGACAGCUCGGAAAGUAUUGGGGACCACAACUUCCACCAAUCCAAAGAGUUUAUAAUCAGCGUGAUUGAAAGACUGGCCAAAGAAGAAAGGAUCGAGUUUGAAAGCAAAAAAUCUAACAUUGGAGUGGUGCAAUACAGUCAUAAUGGAACACAAGAAAUGGUCUCAAUGCAACAUGGAAACAUCAAUACUCUAACUGAGUUGAAAGUUGCAAUUAGGAACCUUCGAUGGAUUGCUGGAGGAACAUACACUGGCACAGCACUGGACUGGUCAAAGACAGCCUUUGGGCCAUCGGUUCUGCAAACACGAGUAGCUCUGGUGCUGACUGACGGGCGCACGGACAUUCUACGGGACCCCAAACCACUGUCGUCGCUCUGCAACGCGGCGGCUCGUGUGGUCUCGGUUGGCGUGGGUGAUGUUUUCUUGAAUGAACCUGCCUCGGAGACCCUAGAGCAGAUUGCCUGCCAAGACUCCAGCGGGGCCCUGACGAGCAUGAGCUACGUGGACCUGCGGAAAAAUGAGACGUUAUUCAAAAAAACGAUUGAAUUGAUCUGUAAAGACAAGAAGUGCCCAGACUAUUCUUGCCCAAUUACAUUCAACACCUCAACGGACAUCACUUUGCUGGUUGACAGCUCCACCAGCGUUGGGAGCAAGAACUUUGAAACCACCAAGCGAUUUGUCAAGCGACUGGCCGAGCGCUUUCUUAAAGACGCAAGCAUCGAGAAUGAUGCUAAGGUGCGGGUCUCUGUGAUUCAGUACAGUAAAAACCAGGUGGUCGAGACCCCGUUCUCGGACAACUACACCAUCGUGUCAGAAAGGAUAGAGCAGAUGAAGUUCAUGAAUGAUGCAACUGAUGUGGUGUCUGCCCUGGAGCGUGUGAUUGCGAUCUACCGGAACAUUAGGGGCAACAUCAAUAAGAAGGUCCUCUUGUUCACGGACGGUCGAUCCCAGGGAGACCUGGUGUACUCCAUAGAGCAGCAGGCACAAGCAGCUAAAGCAAACCAAAUCGCAGUCUUCGCCCUCGCCGUGGGCGACCAGGUGCACGAGGAUAAUCUCCGGGCUUUAGUUGCUGGUAAAACGAUUGACUAUGAUGUAGAUAUUGGUGCACGUUAUCUCUUCCGGGUAAAGGAAUACUCUUCCCUUUUGAAAGGUGUAUUCUACCAAACUGUUAGCAAACAAAUGUCACUUUAUUAACAAUGAAGAAAUUUCUAAGCCCUCUUAGCUCUCCUAUUUUAUGCAUUUUUAUAAAGUGGUUACUUUCUUUGGGAAUUUGCUUUCUUGGAUUUUGCAUUGUCUUUCGAAGUGUAUCUUCAUUCAGGAAUGCUCCUCCCCUGUGCCAUCCUGUCAUUCUUUGAUUUUGCUUUAAUAUAUACCACUCUGCCCUCAUGGGUCCUUACCACUUGUCGAUCCACUAUCUUCUGCAAGGCUGGGAACACUCUUCCUUCCUUUCAGUGCUCCUGGUUCAGGCAGUGAGAGGUUAAAACGAGGUGGCAAGGUUUGUGUAGGUCCCCGCACUAACUCAGAACUUCCUCUGAGUAGUGAGGAAGUAGGACUUGGUUGUUGUUGCGCUAGUUUUGUGGCUUUCAGAUAUGGUGGUAGAAAAUCAGUGACAUCCUUGCACACCGUGGAUGCCUGAAAAUUAAUAUUCAGCAGCCGAGGGCAUCUCCUGGUCAGCGGGUUAGGGGCUGAAAGACUAUUUCAGAACCCCUCAGGGACAGUGGGGUUUCUGGGUGGAGGAAACACUUGAUAUGGCCCAGUAAACACCCAACUCCGGCAUGGUCAGGCCUUCUUUCUGAUCCACACUGCUGUCUCCUGGGUACAUAUGACAAGCACAGUUUACCUGACUCAGGCUCGAGCCCAGUUGUGAUCUGGCUCAGUUACAGCCUGGGCCCAGCCGUAGUCUGGCCUCAGCUAUGGCCUGGGGCUCAGGCACAUUCUGGGUCCAAAGCAGGCCUUCGCACUUCAAACAGUACUCGGCCUGUGGCGUUUCUGUCCAGAAUUCCCUCAUCAGAGGUUGUUACAGUGGAGACAAAAUAGUUUAGAGCCCUGCAGCUACACUUGAUGCAGUUCCAGCUUGUGAGGGUCAGCCAGCUGCUGACCACUUGCACAUCAGAGCCUCCGGUAGGACUUUAUACCUGCCAGCUUCUCAAGGGAUCCAUGGCCUGUGCUAGGUUGAAGUCUGUGCACUGCCUUUGGCAGGGGCCCAAGCCCUGGCUUGCUCCCUCUAAUAACGGUCUUAUUCCUUCAGAUGCCUCCCUAGAGCCUCAUUAACUUGUUGUUCUGUGCUACUGGACAGUUCGAUUAGAGUCAGUUCAUUUAGAGGCAAGGUAAAUAAAGAUGAUUGAUAGGUGACAAAAAAAGAGCAGAAGACACUCCACUUGCGUUGGUAGUAUGAAAGGAGCAGGUCAACAGAUGCUUCACCAGAUGACCAGCUCAUGUGGAUAGCCAGCUGUAAUCAAUUAGCAUCUCCACUGCCAGUGAUCCAUAUAUAUACAGUGUCUGGAGAAAAUGUUCCCCAAGAAGCUUUAAGUCUUGGGACUGAAUUAGUGGUCAUAUUUUCCAGUGACUAUCCAUCAUGUAUAACCUGACCUGUAGAUCAGGCCACACUACCCCAAAGUUCUGUUAGAGGCAUGCAAUGAGAUCGGUGGAGGGUGUUACGAUUAAGCAGUUGCUUAUAUUUUUAUUUUGUUCCAUGAUGCAGCGUGGAGUCCCUUGGAGCUACACCACCCCAGAAGCCCCACAACCCCGAUUAGCCCUAACCUACUCAGGGGAUCAUUUAGGAUGACCUAUCAACCGGUACAUCUUUGGACCGAGGGAGGGACCCCAGAGAAAUCCCAUGCGUUCCACGGGGUGGAUUUAUAGAUUGUCCUUACAGGAUGGUGCUAAAAUUGAACUCCGAGCUCUGAAACACCCCAAACAGUGUUAGUGCCUCGCUAACUGCUAUGCCAGCACGGAUCUAAAUGUUUUAAAUGUCAGUACCUGACAGUUGUAUAAAAAUGUGGGAUCACCAUAAAGUACAGAGUAGAUUGAUUUUCUAGCAAUUUUUUUGAAGAGACCUUAAAGCCUUAUAUACAUUAAAGCAACUUGUACACCAAUGCGCCCAUUUGUAGUCUUCCUAAAGGUUGGAUGGCUAAGUCAACUGAGGCCACUUUACAACAUCAACUUGCUUCAGAAAAAUAAAUUAUAUUAUCAAAGUUCAUAUCUGUCACCGUAUUCUACAUUGAGAUUUAUUUCCCCGUAGGCACUCACAGGAAAGUAAAGAGAAUGAAUCUCAGGGUUGUAUUUGGUGAUAGACGUACUUCAAUAAUAAAUUUACAUUGACUUGACUUUAACUUACCUGUGGUCGAACCUCUCAUUUUUUUUCUACCAAAGACCAACCAGUGUAGGGUAAGGGAAGUCUGGCAGAAGAGGCAGUUGUAAACAAGAUCAAAGGAAAAUGGAUUGUGCAUGAUUAGGCAGUUGGUUCUCUUGAAGGGAGAAAGGAUGGGGGAUGUCAUAAGAAUGAGGUUAGUAGUAGGUUAUUUGUGGAAUGACAACUUGAUGGGUUACAAACUGAAGUCUGAUUAAAGUAUCAUCAUUACUUCAGUAUAUAAGAGAUAGCUGUUGGCUAGAUUUAAUCAGAGAAGAUAGUACAUGGGCUAUGAACUUCUCCUCACACCUAACUGUCUGUGAUGGGAGGUCAUGGUAUUGUGAAUGAAAGAGGAAGACUCAAUAUCAAUGAAGAUUUGUUGAGUAAUGGACCUUGGAGGGUGUGUAAUACCAUAGAGAUCGCUUGAUUUUAGGGGAAUACUUUGGAAUCCCUAAGCAUACUGAGUCCUGAUCAUUCAGCAUUUUAUUUUAAUGAACAAACUGUGUUAUGAUCAUCAAGUAACCAUUUUGAAUGUAAAUAAAUGUUACUUUGAAGUAAUCUUAUAUUGGUGCUAUGAACAUAGAGGGCUUCCAAAAAAAAUUUCCAACACUAAAAGUUUUGGACCAUGUGUGAGGUAAAACCUGCUUUAAAUCUAUCUCGUAUUUUGCAGAACUCAUUUUGUAUUUGUAAAAUAUAGACUUUUUUUAAUGGGACCUGUAUCAUGUUUGCAGUCAUAGUUGUAAUUACACAAUUGGAGAUCAUGUAUGGAUUGGGUCAUCGGUGUUAAAUAAAGAUUUUAAUGUUUACUGUCA